GUCAGCCGAGGUGGGGAACAUGGCCGUGAGGUUCCUGUGGGCGGUCCGGCGGCGGAUGCAGCCCCUCCUGGCCUCGAGUGGCGCGUCAGAUGGCAGGGGAUGGCUGCAUCCUUUCAGCACUGCCACCCAGAGAACCGCUGGUGAAGACUGCAAUUCUGAGGACCCUCCUGAUGAACUUGGGCCCUCUCUUGCAGAACGAGCCUUAAAGCUAAAAGCUGUUAAACUGGAGAAGGAAGUCCAGGAUUUAACAGUGAGAUACCAGAGAGCUAUAGCUGAUGGUGAAAAUAUAAGAAGGCGAACCCAGAGAUGUGUAGAAGAUGCCAAGAUAUUUGGAAUUCAGAGUUUCUGUAAGGAUUUGGUGGAGGUGGCAGACAUUUUGGAGAAGACUACAGAGUGUAUUUCUGAAGAAACAGAGCCUGGAGACCAGAAGCUCACUCUGGAGAAGAUCUUCCGAGGCUUGUCACUUUUAGAAACAAAGCUGAAAAGCGUGUUUGCCAAACAUGGCCUGGAGAAGAUGACACCCAUUGGUGACAAAUAUGACCCUCAUGAGCAUGAACUCAUCUGUCAUGUGCCGGCUGGUGUUGGGGUGCAGCCUGGCACUGUGGCAUUAGUAAGGCAGGAUGGCUACAAGCUUCAUGGCCGCACCAUUAGACUUGCCCAGGUGGAAGUGGCAGUGGAGUCUCAGAGAAGACUAUGAAUGGGCCCAGAGGAACUGAACGUUCUCCCGGAGUGCAGUCACCUGUGAUUCCUUUAUUUAUUAAACUAGGUUUGUAUUGUACAUGAGGUACUUCAUGUGAUCUGUUUUGGAUUUAGUCAUAUUGGCUUUAUUUCUAAGAUACUCUUUUGAUUUAAUGUGACCUGUUUGGUCUCAUCAGAAGUCUUGCCAUUGGGCAUUUGAACAAUGUGACAAGUGUUCCUGUGGCCUUAUCAAAAUACGUUUAAGAAAAUUAUUUUUAAAUUGGUACUCUGAUGACUUUCAAUCCAAAAUUUUUUUUAAAGGUGGAAAUGAGUAUAUGUUUAUGUAUUUUCAACUAAAUGUUCCUUACUAAUGGUCCCUAUAAAAGGAAUUAUAUAGAAUCUUGUAUUUGUGGGAAAAGGAGAUGGUAGGGAUUGGUUUAACAUUUGGGUGCUAAUGAUAAAGCUUUAUAGUUGUAUGAAUUUAAAUCAUUUCGGUUGAUUUUUAUGCACGUAGAUUUUCAGGACUUCCCGUUUUUAUUUUAUUUUUCUUUUAGCCAUCUUUUGUCCUUGUAGUUCCUGCCAGAUAGACUUCAUAUUCACACUCAUUGUCCCUUUUCAAAUCCCAUUUACAAGGCUAAUGGCCCAGGCAAGACUUGGAAGGCAGAGACUGGCAAGAAAUCAAGAUACCAGGUCCCUUUCAAGCAAGUAUGGCCAAGAAACCUUGUGCUUUCUUUGUUGAGUUAUCUUCAAUUUAUUUUCAGCCUCCUCCCUAGGUAUAUAAUCAUUUCAGGGAAAUUGAGGCAGCACCAACAGCUAAAGACCUAAAUUGGUCUAUAUAGGUAAUUUACCCACAACUUCUCUUUCCACCAGCCCUUAAAUCUUCUGCCACUUUGUCAGAUUUACCUUAUGAUCCUUUAUUAGAUUACGUGGGGAGGUGGUCAGGACAAAAAAAUGUUAGGUUCCCAUGAUUCCUCAUUAGUUAUGCUAGGUUUGGGGUGUUUUUUUGGGGGGGGUGGGGUACUCACAAUUCACUACCUCUCUUACAUUGACAAGCAUUAUUUCCUAGUUUUUGUGUCUGUCUUAUGUCACAUGUGUAAACAUCUAGCUCCCCUUUUAUGUACUGACCUCCUAGAGUUAAUGAGCCUAUGUGUAUAUUUUUUAUUUCAGUCUUGCUUAUAGAUAGUGUUCUGUAAAAAAUUUAUUCAAUAAAUGAGUUAGUGAAAGAAUGAGAUAUAUAUAUAGAUAGAUAUCUAUAUAUCUAUAUAUAUAUCAAUUGGACAUUAGAAAGGAGGUCAUAUGGUUAUUUUAGUAUUAGAAGCAGCCUUCAUGGUGAUCUAAUCUCACUCCUUCAGCUUCUUCUGAAGUAUGAAAACAUAGUCCUUUUAGGACUAGACUCAAAGAAAAAAAAAAUCUCUAAAACUAGUAAACUAAAUUUUAGUGAGAACUUAAGAAACAACUAGAUAUUAACUUCAGUCAUUUAAGAUUCAACAGUUCUAUAAGAAACAUGCAAAUAUGUCCCCAGCAGAGAAUUAAAUGUUGUUAGGUGUCCAGAUUGCCCAGGUUUAGGUUUAAGUUACUUACACAUAAAAUAAAUCCAUUCCUACUAGAACUCUAUGACCCCAUUCUGUGGGGUGGUGAAAGUUAUCCUCUUAGACAUCAUAGAUAGUUCUAGCAUACUACACAAGCAUGUAUCAACAAAGCAUCCCCCAAUGGGUCCUACCACCUCCACCAGAUUUAGACACUUAAACAAAUACAUGCUUCUAAGAUGCAAGCAAAAGACUGUUGGUGAGAUUUUAAAACCAGAACCUCUUUUGUCAUUCCACUAAGUACAUACUGUAAAUAUAAUGAGCAGUCAGAUUUCACAAUAGGAAUUUGUCUUUUUUUGCCUUCAUUCCUUUGAGAUUAACAAAUAGUGACGACAAGAAAAUGAGCCAAUUAUGAUUUCCUUUGUGUUCUUGGAUCACUAGCUAUCAUUACCAGUGAAUUAGAAUAACCAUAAUUUUAGGUGUGGAAUGUUCUGAUUACUUGAAGAGUUUUUAUUCCUUGCAACCUCCUGUUUUAGCAAGUAGACUGAGAAUAAUUUUAGAUUCUUCUACUAUUCAGUAGUUUUGCAGACUUAAAAGUAUAAAUUUAGAAGAUGGAGCUAUAACAGUGAGAAUCUCAAAAUGCUGAAGGGCUUUCACGAGCCAGUGCAGCAUAAUAGAGCGUAGUAGGCUUAGUAGGCAUCAACUUGAACAUAAUUCCCAGCCUAGUCACUUCACUCUUCUGAGCCUGCUUCCACGUUUGUAAAAUGGUUAUAAUUCUCAAAAUAUUGUGAGGAUUAAGCGAAAUGUGCAAAUUGCCUAUUACAGUAGGCCCUCAAAUAUUUAUUUUUAUUGCCUUUUAUUAUACACAUUGUUUUUCGUAUGUUUUUAUAGUUGCCUAAAGUCUAGGGGAAGGGAAAGACUGGUUAAGUGGUGCUUGACUAUAAAAAAAAAUGGUAAGCUAAUCAACCACAGUGAACUUAUUUUCCUUUUAGCUUCUGUUUUUUGUGUUUGUCUGUUUUAGCCAUAACAAGGAAAUCUACAUUUUUAGACUGGAGAAAUAAAAUUGUUUCAGUGCCCUUAAUUGUUUUCAUCUUGAUGGUAAAGUAAAAAGACGUCAUUGGCUUGCCGAUGAUAUGUGUAAGGAAGCUUUGACUCAUUUGAAGAGGGAUCUUGAUGCUUUAGUACGCGGAUUUUACGAAUCUUUUGUGGAUUUUCCUCACUGCCAUAAAGGAAUUAUUCAGUUUGAUACUGAUAUAAGCUUGUGGUGCUCUUUCAUGGCAAAGGAUUUAAUAAGUGAAGAAGGGUUCUUAAACACUAAAGCAAAAUCAAAUAAGGAAGGCUAAGGAUGAAAUAUAAUCUUCAGAAACAACUUUAAUAAAACCUUAAUUGAAAUAACUGUGUUUCACGUGUUUAGUGUCUUUGUCUGCCAGAUUCAUAUUGUGUAUUGACGUGGUCACUUCACUAAUUGCUGACCCACCUUAUUGACACUCAGUGGAGGUACCAGCAGCCCAGCCAAGUGGAGGCAGUGUGUGCAUUCCACACCUUGCCUUGGUGUUGAAGUCUUGUCUGUUCUUCUGCCUCCUUGACUUGCUUCCUUCUGAUUUCUAUGUAUUUUUUAGAUCUGGACUCCUGUUUCUGCCUUCCUCUCUGGCACUGCCUUUUCUUGUGCUCGCUUCUUGGUUCUAAUUGUCUUACCUGCUUUAAUCAUUUUCACUUGAACUGCAGGACUUCUGACCAUCCUCUCAACCAGAUUACUGGCAUGUGGCUUACUGCUUCCAUAAGCCCUUCCCAACCUUUGCCUGGCUUUUCCUUUACCUCUGCUUCUCCACUGGCUUCCACAUACCCAGCCUCCUGGCUAAGUGCCCCUCUUUGGAACCAGCCUUUCCUGUAGUUUUGGCCUUGCAUUUUCAUCAUUCUUCCAGUCUUGUCUGCAUACCCUGGCUCCAUAAUCCAUUGUUCCU